GCUUAGCAAGAAAUAUUCUUGCCAAAAAAUGUUGUAGCAUGUAGAAAAUCAAGUCUAAUCUUAAAAGUUGUUGUUAUUUCAUUAAAUGCUACUAAAACGUCCCUUAUCAGCCAGCAGUCGUCAGGCGAGAUCAAAUAAAUGCCUCGACUAUCGACACAAAGCGCCGUUUUAUGAUCAUACUUUCAAUUGAUUUGCUUUAUAAAUAGUAUACAAGUGGGAGCACUGUUGGUAGUUCUACGCGAAAGCUCGUCGCUAACAGUAAUUAGCCGAAAUCGGAAGAGGUAACACGUUCAAACAUGUCACAGCCACAGAAAAUGGAAAUGUCGAACGGACAGAAAAAUGGUGCUGUCGCUUUCAAAUUAAAUGACGCUUCGGAAUCUGUUAAAAUGGAUCAACUUUCCGUGCCACAAAGAAUACAGCAUAUUUCGGGCUCAGUUGAGGAGCAAGUCGAUCCCUUCUGUGAUCCCAAGAAUCCGAAGCGCAUUUCGUUCCAUGACGUCACAUCCGCCGCCUUUCUAAUAAAGGGAGGCGUGGAACGCACGCCGUGUCCGAGGUCCACAUCGUCAGAGUCAUACGGCAUGGAUUUAUAUUUAAAAAAGGAUUUCCUACAAUACACGGGCAGCUUUAAGGAGCGUGGAGCAAGGUACGCUCUCCUCUGCUUAUCAGAGGAACAGAAACGCAGGGGAGUAAUCAGCGCCUCACUGGGAAAUCAUGCUCUCGCAUUAAGUUAUCAUGGCUGGAAGCUAUCGAUACCUGUUACCGUGGUGAUGCCAACUGCGGCGCCCAUUAUGAAGGUACAGAAGUGCCGGAAUUACAAGGCCCGGGUGAUUGUGGAGGGUCGGGACAUGGGGGAGGCCAAAGCACUGGCCAUGCGUAUGGCGCAAGACGAGAAACUACUCUAUAUAAAUGGAUAUGAUCAUCCUCAUAUUAUGGCCGGUCAGGGAACCAUUGGUCUGGAGAUCCUGGAACAGGUGCCCGAACCAGAUGCCGUUGUGGUGCCGGUGGGCGGAGGUGGAUUAAUUGCAGGCAUUGCCACCGCAUUGAAGGCGCUCUCGCCCAAGACCAAGAUCAUUGGCGUGGAGUCGGAGAAGUGUGCCAGCUUUUCGAAGGCAUUAGAUAACAAGGGGCCCAUUGACACGCCCAUUAAGAACACAUUAGCCGAUGGAUUAGCCGUUCCCAAAGUGGGAGUCAAUGCGUUCGUCACGGCACAGCCAUUGAUUGAUCGCAUGGUCAUUGUCAAAGAGGAGUGGAUAGCGGUGGCCAUUCUACGUCUGGUGGAGGAGGAGAAGUGCGUGGUUGAGGGAGCCGGCGGUGCUGGACUCGCAGCAAUAUUGGCAGGACAUUUGGAUGAUCUGAAGGGCAAGAAGGUCGUAGUGCUGCUGUGCGGUGGCAAUAUAGAUACUACAGUCCUUGGCCGCUGCUUGGAACGAGGCCUGGCAGCCGAGGGCCGUUUGGUCAAGUUCAAUGUGGAGGUCAGCGAUCGUCCAGGCGGCAUUAAUGAUCUGUGCGCCCUGCUUGUCCGAGUGGGCGUCUCCAUCAAGGAUAUCAUGCAUGAACGAGCCUGGCUGCGGGAUAUCUACACGGUGGAGGUGAAGGUCGUCUGCGAGACUGUAGAUUGGGCACACAGUCUGCAGCUGAAGAACGAGCUAAAGAAAUUCUAUACAAAGGUGCAGUUCUCCGAUGUCCCAUUGGCUCUUAAUGAAAAAACUCUAGAUGUUUAAUUUGUUUUUUAUUUUGUAUAUUAUAUUAUACGUACAUGUAUUUGAAAUUUUUAUUGCACAAAUUUUGCCGAAUUGCGAAAAUUUGAGCAUAAACUUAGUGCUUGAAUGUAAUUAGAAUCGUAAUUGUAAAUGUAAAUGUAGUAGAAAUGUAAAUAGCAUUAAAUAAAUAUACAAGUCAUGCCCAGAGACGAGACUGAAAAAAUUUACAAA